AUGAAGCUCGGUGUGAAGAAAUUAAUUGUCGCCAAAAUGAAAGAACCUUCACAUGAUGAAGUUGCCAUUGUAUUUGUAGGAAACGAUGGUACUCCACCUCCAUCUAGAAAAGGGCAUGAUUGUGCUAAUGUGGUAAUUAAUGAAAGUGUUCACCAUGAUGAAAAUAACUCAUAUUUAGAGUGUCGCUUUGUUUCUGCACCAGAGGCUCUUUGGCGAAUAUAUAAGUAUCCCAUAAGUGAAGUUUCACGUACCAUUAUUCGCCUUCAAUUCCACCUUCCUGAUAAUCAGAUAGUAUAUUUUAACGAGGCAGAAGAACAAGUAGCUAUUAUUCGUGCAGCACAGCAUGACGCUCACCUAACUGCUUGCUUUAAAUUAAAUGCUGAAAAUUUUGAAGCACGUCAAUAUUCUUAUAUUGAAAUUCCAUAUCACUUUGUGUUUGAUGGUAAAAAUUGCAAAUGGAAAGUAGGACAAAGAGUUGCAAUAUCUUUCGAGAAUUUGCGCACUGUGAAUGGUACUGUUUUUAAUACAUUUCGUAACGCUUGUUAUCAGUUAGGUCUGUUGCAAUAUGACAUUGAAUGGAGAAAUACAUUAAGUGAGACUGUUGCAACUGGAUUGCUUAAACAAAUUAUGCAACUAUUUUCCCUCAUAUUGACAUUAUGUCAACUUGAUGAUCCUUUACACAUAUGGAAUACUUUUAAAGAUUAUAUGGGGGAGGAUUACAUACACCGUUCAAUGCCAGUUCUACUUGCUGAACAAAUAGCUUUUCGUCAAAUUGAAGCUAUAAUUAAUCCGAGUGAUAAAACUUUUGCUGAUGUACAGGUAUUUACUGAUGAAGCAAAUCGAGUUAAACCAUUAUUAAAAGAUAAUCAGCGUAAUGUAGCUGAUGCAAUCCUUGCUGUAUUUAAUGAACAACCUAAUAAUGAAAAUAAGCAUUUGAGAUUGUUUUUUAUGGAUAGGCCUGCUGGUUGUGGUAAAACAUUUACUUACAAUUGUUUAAUUGCUGAAACGUGCAUCAGACAUAUUAGAACUACAACAGCUGCAUGGACAGGAAUAGCUGCAACUCUUCUUAAAAAUAGAUGCACACUGCAUCGUUUAUUCAAACUUCCUCUGCCAUUUUCGAAAACUAGCACAUGUAAUGUAACUCCGAAUUCUAUUCAUGGUGAAUUCUUUAGACAAGUAAGUUUGUAUUUACUUGAUGAAGCGUCUAUGAUUCCUAAACAUGCUUUGAGUGCCAUUGAUAAGUUAUUACAAGAUAUUUGUAAUAAUAAGUUUUCAUUUGGUGGUAAAGUUAUUCUUAUGGGUGGAGACUUUAGACAAAUACUUCCAGCUGUGAAGAGAGGUCAACCAGCCGAAGUUGUAGAUCCAUGUAUAAAAUGUUCUGAACAUUGGCAGUAUGUGCAAAAGUUUUCAUUACCUGAAAAUAUGAGGGUUCAGAUAGGAGAAGAGGAAUUUUCUCAAUGGCUUCUAAAGCUUGAAAGUGGAACUUUAACUAUUAAGCCUGAAGAUCCUUUGCGAGGACGUAUUAAAAUACCUGAGCAGUGGUUUGUAAACGAUAAUGAAUCUAUUGUGGAAAAGAUUUUUGGUGGCGCAGAGAAAGCUUAUUACACCAACAAAUUUUAA